CACACACCAACGCACACCAACACGGCGAAAAGCAACCGAGAAUAAAACGCUGCAGAGGCAAAAAGAGGAAAAGAGGAACGAACGUCGGUUCUCUUCUCGAUUCAACACACUUGUCCAAUUUCAUUGCGUUUGCGAUUAUUUUCUACUCAAAAGCCACAACCUAUGCAUCGUAACUUAAUUCAACAACAACUGUGAUCGCCAAACAUCGGAAAAUAACAAAAAAAGCACGUCAAGAAUUGCCAACGCUCCAUUGAAAAAUCCACCACCCCGCCCCCGCAAGAAGAAAACAAAGAAAAGUGCUAAAAAAAAGUGUCGAUUUUUCGGCAAAGUUCAACCCAAAAGCAAUACACAUUGUGCAUUACAACUAAGGAAGAAGGAGGAGAAAAAUCGCAGAAAAAGACGUUCGAAUUCCACACUCUUGAGGUAAGAAACAAAAUCGACACCGAACAGCCACUGUGUCGAUAAGUCCAAAAACCAGAUAGAAAGCGGAACAGGAAUUGGAAGAGGAGACUAAGAACCAGUGUCGCGGAGCCCUUAGUUCAGAGAAGGAAGAAUCAAUCGACAGCUAUGGUCAUGGAUGCGACCCAAUCGCAGCAGCCUUCGCCGCAGUCGGUGGGACGCGAGUUUGUCCGCCAGUACUACACGCUGCUGAACAAGGCGCCCAACCACUUGCACCGCUUCUACAACAACAACUCGUCGUACAUCCAUGGGGAGUCCAAGCUGGUGGUGGGACAGCGGGAGAUCCACAACCGGAUCCAGCAGCUGAACUUCAACGAUUGCCAUGCGAAGAUCAGCCAGGUGGAUGCGCAGGCCACGCUGGGCAACGGUGUGGUGGUCCAGGUCACCGGGGAGCUGUCCAACGAUGGUCAGCCCAUGCGUCGGUUCACCCAGACGUUCGUCCUGGCCGCUCAAUCGCCGAAGAAGUACUACGUGCACAACGACAUCUUCCGCUACCAGGAUCUGUACAUUGAGGACGAGCAGGAUGGCGAGUCGCGGUCGGAGAACGAUGAGGAGCACGACGUUCAGGUGGUUGGCAGCGUUGGCGGCACUGUGGACCAGGCUGUUCAGGUGGCCGGCGAUGUGGUUGCCCAGCAGCCGCAGCAGCAGCAGGCUCCUCCUCAGCCGCAGGCUCAAGUUGUGGUGCCCCAGCAGGUGGCUCCUGUGGCGGCCAGCGGUGCUGCCCCGCAGCCGAUCUUCUUCCCAUUGCCAGCGGGAGCGGCUGCCGGUCGUCCAGUGGCCGUUUUGCCGCCAGCUCCGCAAGCGGCGGCCGUACCACUGCCCGCCCAGUUUACCGUGCCGCCGCCACAGCCCAUCCAAAAUGGAGUGGUGUCCCACGAGGAGCUGCAGCAGCAACAGCAAGUGCUGGUGCCGCCCAGCGUGUCUCCUUUGGUGCAGCAGCAGCAGCAGCCGAGCGGCACUCCGGUGUUGCCCAUUGUUCCAGUGCCAAGUGCGGGCUUCCAGCAAUCGCCACUGGUGGCACCACAGCUCAUCCAGCAGCAGCAGCAGCAGCAGCAACCUCAACAGCUGCCCCCGCAGCAGCAGCAACAGCAGCAGCAGCAGCAGCCCAUCCAGCAGCAACCUUUGCAGCAGCAGCAACAAUCGCUGUCGGAGCCCGAGGAAGUCGAGGUGCCACCGCGCCAGCCGCAGAAGCCCUCCACGCCCGUCGAGGACUUCAAGACCAUCCACGAGCAGCAGCAGCAGGAGAAGUACGAGGCCGCCAAGCAGCAGCAGAACGAGCCAAAGACCUAUGCUAAUCUGUUCAAGUCCACAUCCUCCUCGCCCAGCGGCUUUGUGAAUGCCGCCCUGCAGCAGCAGCAGCAACUUCAGCAGCAGCAGCAACAACAGCAGCAGUCGAUCAGCAGCAACACUUACAACUCGUCCUCGGCAUCCGCGGCCGGCGGCAAUGGCGGUCAGGUUAGCUACUCCACCACCGCCUCUUCCUACAAUAACAGCAACGGAAACUCGCGUCUGGACAACGGUGGUCCGCUGCCGCAGCGCAACAACUCGAUCCGGAACAACAAGGGUGACUUUGAGCAGCGUCGUCCGAGCAACACGCAGCAGUUCGGUGACAAUCAGCAGCUGUUCCUGGGCAACAUCCCGCACCACGCCAGCGAGGAUGAUCUGCGCGAUAUCUUCUCGCGCUUCGGAAAUGUCCUGGAGCUGCGCAUCCUGUCCAAGGCUGGCAACAAAGUGAUGCCGGGCAUGCGUAGUCCGCUGAACUACGGCUUCAUUACCUACGACGAUCCCGAGGCGGUGCAAAAGUGCCUAGCCAACUGCCCCCUAUACUUCCCGGAGAACUCACCCGAUGGCCAGAAGUUGAAUGUGGAGGAGAAGAAGCCGCGCGUGCGCAGCGACAUGGUGCCACGCCAGCCGAUCGGCGGCAACAACCUCAACAACAACAUGGGCCGUUUGGGCGGCAACAACGGACCCCAGUCGCGCCCGAUGGGAAACAACAACGGCAGCGGUGGCGGCAUGAUGCGUAACAAUGCCGGGGGUAACAAUCUCCGUCAGGGAGGCGGCGGCGGUGGCGGCAACGGAGCUCCCCGCUUGGGCGGCGGCGGUGGAUUUGGACAGCGCCAGGACAACCGCACCGGCGGCGGCAACAACCAGUCCAACGGACCGCUGCGCGGAGCCGGCAAUGGACAGAGCGGUGGUGGCAACUACGGACGUCGCUAAAGGAAUUCCUCAGCACAUCAGCAAAUGUAAAGGCAUCGGCAAGAGCAGCAGCAGCGGUAGCCACAACAAUAACAGCAGCAGCAACAACCCAACGUUAAAAACAUCGACUUCUUCCACAAUGCAAUCAAUCAAUUACAUUCAAGAACAUCUCAUGCACACCAACCCACGCAAAUCACACUAACAUAAAAAUAGUUGGAGCAACAAAAACUGUCAACUGUCCUUUAAAUGUUCCUGAGCGCAACUCGGGGCGUCGAGCUAUAACAAGCAAACAAAAAAAGAGUAACAUCAAGAUCUUGAGUCUCGCCUUAGUUUAAUUGCGUUAGGCUCGCUUUUUCCAGCCAGUUCGUGCCAAAAUAUACCGAAAUUCUGUGCAAAUCUCUGUUGUGAAUCCAAAAAAGAAAGCUUCAGCUCCUUAACUGCUACUCUCCACCACCACUCACCACCUGCUCUCAGAAUCACCUUCACCACGAAACACGUGUAUUAAGUUUAAGUCUCAAUCAAGCACAUCCAUGAACGUUCAUCGAAGCACACAAACAGACAGAAGACACACCACACAAACCACCCAUCUUAGCAUAAAUGUAAACUUUAAUUUCAGCUAUCGUUUGGCAAAUCACUUUCAAGAAAAAUCUUACCCAAGUUCGCAAGAUGAUAGAAGUUGGUUUUUGAAAAGAAUAGGAAAGGAGCAAUGCAACACAUUUUCGUUUGUUUUUUCACUGAAUAACCCCACAUUACUUAAGCUAAAUAAAAGAAGAAAUUAAAAGGGAAACUUAAAAAACUUAGCUAAAAGAUAUAAACAGAAAAAAAACAAACAAAAAAAUGAAAAACCUUUGUAAAAUGCAAUAAAAAAGAGCAAAAGAAAGACUUGAAAAAAAUUAAUAUAAAAACUAAAAAAAAAGGAAUGUAAACACGAGAAAAAUGUAAGGCGCGGUUAGAAAACAAGCAGAAAUGAGAUCAAGCUAGAAAACACACAAGAACAAGAACUCAAACCUCUUAUAAAACAUUGAAAACGAAACGAGAAUCAAUUCAGCACCAGAAAAGAAACGCAUCAACGCCGUCGUUUAGCGCCCCAAGAAGUCCGCCGCAUCUUAGAGCCUGUAAACCUUUUGCUACUUAAAUCUAAUUUGCAGACACUGACACAUUUAACUAGCUAGUCUAUAUAGGGAAUCGAAUCGGAUCGGUCGAUCGAGUGAUUGUUGAAAUGAGAGCGUGUGAUGGCAAAAGCGGUGCCGGCGCCGCAGCGGGGGCGUGGUCGAUGCAAUCGACGAUGUUGAGGGACGGACGGACUGUGUUUUCGCUUCUUUUUUCGUUCUGUGUAAUGAGUUCAAGGUCGUAAACCAAACUAAGUCAAGCAACUUAAACGAUUUGGUGUUUCCAACGCAGUUGUGAACUAAAAUUUAGUACAUAUUUUUUAAAUAAAAUCAAGAAAAGCCCAAAAAAAUAAGAUGAGAACCAUAUAAAACACACACAAAAACUUAUUAUAAUAGUCGGAGGACGAGACAACACAAGCUACUAACAUUUUUCUCAAGGUAAAUCAAGCAAAACAUGUAACAAAAAAUAUAUACAAAUAUAUAUAUAAAUAAAACAAAAACUCAUAUAAUUUAAUGUUAACUUUUAGACUUACCAGAAAUCUAAAUAUACAUAUAUAUAUAUUUAUAUAACUGCUGCAGCAAAGAAAAACGAAGGCAGAAAAGCGAAGAGGGGAACUAAAACAUUUAAAAUCGUGUGAGAAUCUUUUGAAUUUUGUCGCAGGCGUCCAAAUGUAUUUGCCUAAGUUAUUCUUGUUUUGUUAAAACUUAAAACUUUUGAUUCGUUGGAAACAUAUCAUUUGUUUUUGUUGGUCGACGCCUGCUCUAGAGAAUCAAUUGCUAAAUCAAUUACUUUCUACAUCUAUUUCUAGUACAGACACAUGAACAUAGCAGACAUUUUUAGCACUGAGAACAGGGUCUAAAGCAAUUUUAGUACAUUUUUUGUAAAACGAAAAUGUUAGUGUUCAAAUCUUAGCUCAACGAUCAGUGCUGGAAGUGCUUCGCAAACACCCACAACAAAAAACAAAAGCAGCAUCAACAAUACAAUACAAAUCAGAGGUACUAACUAAAUCUAUGUAAGAGUAAUGAAAAGCAAACAAUUACGAGUUCAUGCUCAUUUCUAAGUAAACCGAUGAAAUCACAACACUGCAGUUUGUAAAGAGUAAAGAAAAAGAAAGGAAACACUUAAUUAUAAUUUAAUUUAUAUGUGUACAACUACAAAUAAUUAUAAUAAUAAAAACAACCACAAAGAUUCAGCGUGUUUACCAGAAAA